AUGCGUCAAAACUGUGGAGGCUUAGUACAAGGUCCAAAUGGCACCAUAGAGAGUCCAGGAUUCCCACAUGGUUACCCAAACUAUGCCAACUGCACCUGGAUAAUUAUCACGGGGGAACGCAAUAGGAUACAACUGUCAUUUCAUACUUUUGCUCUUGAAGAAGAUUUUGAUAUUUUAUCAGUUUAUGAUGGACAACCCCAACAAGGGAAUUUAAAAGUGAGAUUGUCUGGAUUUCAGCUUCCAUCCUCCAUAGUGAGCACAGGAUCCAUCCUCACCUUGUGGUUCACAACAGACUUUGCUGUCAGUGCCCAAGGUUUUAAAGCUCUGUAUGAAGCUGAGGGGGCUUGUGGAGGGACCUUGCGUGGAACAAGCAGUACCAUUUCCAGUCCUCACUUUCCUUCAGAAUAUGAGAACAAUGCUGACUGUACAUGGACCAUUCUGGCUGAACCAGGGGACACCAUUGCUUUAGUCUUUACUGACUUUCAACUAGAAGAAGGAUAUGAUUUCUUAGAGAUCAGUGGAACAGAAGCACCAUCAAUAUGGCUCACAGGCAUGAACCUUCCUUCUCCUGUUAUCAGCAGCAAGAACUGGUUACGACUCCAUUUCACAUCGGACAGCAACCAUCGACGCAAAGGAUUUAAUGCUCAGUUUCAAGUAAAAAAGGCAAUUGAGUUGAAGUCAAGAGGAGUCAAGAUGCUGCCCAGCAAGGACAGUAGCCAUAAAAAUUCAGUGUUGAGUCAAGGAGGUGUUGCUUUGGUCUCUGACAUGUGUCCAGAUCCUGGAAUUCCAGAAAAUGGCAGAAGAGCAGGCUCUGACUUCAGGGUUGGUGCAAAUGUCCAGUUCUCCUGUGAGGAUAAUUACGUGCUCCAGGGCUCCAAAAGCAUCACCUGUCAGAGGGUCACAGAGACACUUGCUGCUUGGAGCGACCACCGACCAAUCUGUCGAGCUAGAACAUGUGGAUCCAAUCUGCGUGGACCCAGUGGCAUCAUUACAUCUCCCAAUUAUCCAGUACAGUAUGAGGACAAUGCACACUGUGUUUGGGUUAUCACUACCACGGAUCCAGACAAGGUCAUCAAACUUGCCUUUGAAGAGUUUGAAUUGGAGAGAGGCUAUGACACCCUUACAGUAGGUGAUGCUGGGAAAGUAGGUGACACAAGGACUGUACUGUAUGUAUUGACAGGAUCCAGUGUUCCUGAUCUGAUUGUGAGUAUGAGCAACCAGAUGUGGUUACAUCUACAGUCUGAUGAUAGCAUUGGCUCACCUGGAUUUAAAGCUGUUUACCAAGAAAUUGAAAAGGGAGGAUGUGGAGACCCUGGAAUUCCUGCCUAUGGGAAACGGACAGGCAGCAGUUUUCUCCAUGGAGAUACACUCACCUUCGAAUGUCAGGCUGCCUUUGAGUUGGUCGGAGAGAGAGUUAUCACUUGUCAGCAGAACAAUCAGUGGUCUGGCAACAAGCCCAGUUGUGUAUUUUCCUGUUUCUUCAACUUUACUGCACCAUCAGGGAUUAUUCUCUCACCCAAUUAUCCAGAGGAAUAUGGUAACAACAUGAAUUGUGUUUGGUUAAUAAUAUCUGAGCCCGGAAGCAGAAUCCACCUAAUAUUUAAUGAUUUUGAUGUGGAACCUCAGUUUGACUUCCUUGCAGUCAAAGAUGAUGGAAUUUCUGACAUAACAGUUCUUGGAACUUUUUCUGGCAAUGAAGUGCCUUCCCAGCUGGCCAGUAGUGGACACAUAGUCCGCCUGGAAUUUCAGUCUGAUCACUCUACUACUGGCAGAGGGUUCAACAUCACUUACACAACAUUUGGCCAGAAUGAGUGCCAUGAUCCUGGCAUUCCCAUAAAUGGACGGCGUUUUGGUGAUAGGUUUCUACUCGGGAGCUCAGUUUCUUUCCAUUGUGAUGAUGGCUUUGUCAAAACCCAUGGUUCUGAAUCCAUCACCUGCAUUCUGCAGGAUGGAAAUGUUGUUUGGAGUUCUACUGUUCCCCGUUGUGAAGCACCAUGUGGUGGACACUUGACAGCUUCCAGUGGAGUUAUUUUGCCUCCAGGAUGGCCAGGAUAUUACAAAGAUUCUUUAAAUUGUGAAUGGAUAAUUGAAGCGAAACCAGGACACUCUAUUAAAAUAACUUUUGAUAGAUUUCAGACUGAAGUAAAUUAUGACACAUUAGAAGUCAGAGAUGGGCCAGCAAAUUCAUCUCCACUGAUUGGAGAGUACCAUGGUACACAAGCACCACAGUUCCUCAUAAGUACAGGGAAUUUCAUGUACCUACUUUUCACCACAGACAAUAGUCGCUCCAGUGUUGGCUUCCUCAUUCAUUAUGAAAGUGUGACUUUAGAGUCAGAUUCUUGCCUUGAUCCUGGAAUUCCUGUGAAUGGUCGUCGUCAUGGCAAUAAUUUUGGCAUCAGAUCUACAGUGACUUUCAGCUGUGAUCCAGGAUAUACACUAAGUGAUGAUGAACCCCUUAUCUGUGAGAGGAAUCAUCAGUGGAACCAUGCAUUGCCUAGUUGUGAUGCCCUCUGUGGAGGCUACAUCCAUGGGAAGAGUGGAACAGUCCUUUCUCCUGGCUUUCCAGAUUUUUACCCAAAUUCUCUGAAUUGUACAUGGACCAUUGAAGUUUCUCAUGGGAAGGGAGUUCAGAUGAUCUUUCACACUUUUCACCUUGAGAGUUCCCAUGACUAUUUACUGAUCACAGAGGAUGGGAGUUUUACAGAGCCUGUAGCCAGGCUUACGGGCUCUGUGUUGCCCCAUACUAUUAAGGCAGGUUUGUUUGGAAACUUCACUGCUCAACUUCGGUUUAUAUCAGACUUUUCAAUUUCCUACGAAGGUUUCAACAUUACAUUUUCAGAAUACGAUUUAGAGCCCUGUGAUGACCCUGGUGUCCCCGCAUUCAGCCGAAGAAUUGGUUUCCAUUUUGGAGUAGGGGACUCUCUGACUUUCUCCUGCUUCCCAGGAUAUCGCCUAGAAGGUGCAACCAAGCUUACCUGCCUGGGUGGAGGCCGUCGUGUGUGGAGUGCACCUCUGCCAAGGUGUGUGGCUGAAUGUGGAGCAAGUGUCAAAGGAAAUGAAGGAACACUACUGUCUCCAAAUUUCCCAUCAAAUUAUGAUAAUAAUCAUGAAUGUAUCUAUAAAAUAGAAACAGAAGCUGGCAAGGGGAUCCAUCUCAGAGCCCGAAGUUUUCAGCUCUUUGAAGGAGAUACGCUGAAGGUAUAUGAUGGAAAAGACAGUUCUUCUCGUCCCCUGGGAGCCUUCACAAAAAAUGAACUUUUGGGACUGAUCUUGAAUAGCACUUCUAACCACUUGUGGCUAGAAUUCAAUACCAAUGGAUCUGACACGGACCAAGGUUUUCAACUGACUUAUACUAGUUUUGAUCUAGUAAAAUGUGAAGAUCCAGGCAUCCCUAACUAUGGAUAUAAGAUUAGAGAUGAAGGCCACUUCACUGACACAGUGGUUCUAUACAGUUGUAAUCCAGGAUAUGCCAUGCAUGGCAGCAGCACGCUCACCUGCCUGAGUGGAGACCGAAGGGUCUGGGAUAAACCACUGCCAUCUUGCAUAGCGGAAUGUGGUGGUCGGAUCCAUGUUGCCACUUCAGGGCGUAUAUUGUCCCCUGGUUACCCAGCUCCUUACGACAAUAAUCUUCACUGCACUUGGAUUAUAGAAGCAGACCCAGGAAAGACCAUUAGCCUCCAUUUCAUUGUUUUUGACACUGAGAUGGCUCAUGAUAUCCUCAAGGUCUGGGAUGGUCCGGUAGAUAGCAACAUCUUGCUAAAGGAGUGGAGUGGCUCAGCUUUACCUGAAGACAUCCAUAGCACCUUCAACUCUCUCACGCUGCAAUUUGACAGUGAUUUUUUCAUCAGCAAGUCAGGCUUCUCCAUUCAGUUCUCAACAACAAUUGCAUCAACGUGCAAUGACCUAGGCAUGCCACAGAAUGGUACUCGUUAUGGAGACAGCAGGGAACCGGGAGACACCAUCACAUUCCAGUGUGACCCUGGGUACCAGCUCCAAGGGCAAGCGAAAAUCACCUGUGUCCAGUUGAAUAACCGAUUCUUUUGGCAACCAGAUCCUCCUACAUGCAUAGCUGCAUGUGGAGGGAAUCUUACUGGUCCAGCAGGUGUUAUUUUAUCACCUAACUACCCACAACCAUAUCCUCCUGGGAAAGAAUGUGACUGGAGAAUAAAAGUGAACCCAGACUUUGUCAUUGCCUUGAUAUUCAAAAGUUUCAAUAUGGAACCUAGCUAUGAUUUCUUACAUAUCUAUGAAGGAGAGGAUUCAAACAGCCCUCUCAUUGGAAGUUAUCAAGGCUCUCAAGCUCCAGAAAGAAUAGAAAGUAGUGGAAAUAGUCUUUUUCUUGCUUUUCGGAGUGAUGCAUCAGUGGGCUUGUCAGGAUUCGCCAUUGAAUUCAAAGAGAAACCACGUGAAGCAUGCUUUGAUCCUGGGAACAUAAUGAAUGGAACAAGAAUUGGAACAGACUUCAAGCUGGGCUCAACAAUUACUUACCAGUGUGAUUCUGGAUAUAAGAUUGUUGAUCCUUCAUCCAUCACAUGUGUGAUUGGUACAGAUGGAAAACCAGCCUGGAACAGAGUUUUACCCUCCUGUAAUGCUCCCUGUGGAGGGCAGUACACUGGAUCUGAAGGGGUUGUUUUGUCACCAAAUUACCCUCACAAUUACACAGCUGGUCAAAUAUGCCUCUACUCCAUAACUGUACCGAAGGAAUUUGUGGUGUUUGGACAGUUUGCAUAUUUUCAGACAGCACUGAAUGACUUGGCAGAGCUUUUUGAUGGAACUCAUCCACAGACCAGACUUCUCAGCUCACUCUCUGGGUCUCAUUCAGGGGAAACACUACCUUUGGCUACAUCUAAUCAAAUUCUGCUCAGAUUUAGUGCAAAAAGUGGUGCAUCUGCCAGAGGGUUCCAUUUUGUUUACCAAGCUGUUCCUCGGACCAGUGACACUCAGUGCAGUUCUGUCCCUGAGCCCAGAUAUGGAAGGAGAAUUGGUUCUGAAUUUUCAGCAGGUUCGAUUGUUCGGUUUGAAUGUAAUCCAGGAUAUCUACUUCAAGGUUCCACGGCUAUCCGCUGUCAGUCUGUGCCAAAUGCUUUAGCUCAGUGGAAUGACACCAUACCAAGCUGUGUAGUUCCCUGCAGUGGCAAUUUCACUCAGCGAAGAGGUACAAUCCUAUCCCCUGGUUACCCUGAACCAUAUGGUAACAACUUAAACUGUAUAUGGAAAAUCAUAGUCACAGAAGGAUCUGGAAUUCAGAUUCAAGUGAUCAGCUUUGCUACAGAACAGAACUGGGAUUCUCUUGAGAUUUAUGACGGUGGUGAUAUGACUGCACCGAGACUAGGAAGUUUUUCAGGUACUACUGUGCCAGCAUUGCUAAACAGCACUUCCAAUCAACUCUACUUACAUUUUCAAUCUGAUAUUAGUGUGGCAGCUGCUGGCUUUCAUCUGGAAUAUAAAACUGUAGGUCUUGCUGCAUGCCAAGAACCGACUCUUCCUAGCAAUGGUAUCAAAAUUGGAGAUCGAUACAUGGUGAAUGAUGUUCUCUCCUUCCAGUGUGAGCCAGGGUAUACAUUACAGGGUCGUUCCCACAUUUCUUGUAUGCCAGGAACUGUUCGUCGUUGGAACUAUCCAUCUCCCCUUUGCAUUGGUGCACAUAUUCAAUUUCUGAAUUUUUCAACUGAAGCUAAUCAUGACUACCUUGAAAUUCAAAAUGGACCAUAUCACACCAGCCCGAUGAUUGGACAGUUUAGUGGCAUGGAUCUUCCCUCAACAUUGCUGAGUACAACACAUGAAACACUCAUCCAUUUUUACAGUGAUCACUCACAAAACCGGCAGGGAUUUAAACUUGCAUAUCAAGCCUAUGAAUUACAGAACUGCCCAGAUCCUCCACCAUUUCAAAAUGGAUAUAUGAUCAACUCAGAUUACAGUGUGGGACAAUCAAUAUCUUUUGAGUGCUAUCCAGGAUACAUUUUAAUAGGUCAUUCUGUCCUCACUUGUCAGCAUGGAAUCAAUAGAAACUGGAACUAUCCUUUUCCAAGAUGUGAUGCUCCUUGUGGAUAUAAUGUCACAUCUCAGAAUGGCACCAUUUAUUCCCCUGGAUUUCCAGAUGAAUAUCCAAUUUUGAAAGACUGCAUUUGGCUUAUCACUGUGCCUCAGGGUCAUGGAGUUUACAUCAAUUUCACUUUACUACAGACUGAAGCUGUUAAUGACUACAUUGCUGUUUGGGACGGUCCUGACCAGAACUCCCCUCAACUAGGAGUGUUCAGUGGGAAUACAGCCCUUGAAACAGCUUAUAGCUCAACCAAUCAAGUCCUGCUCAAAUUUCACAGUGACUUCUCAAAUGGAGGUUUCUUUGUUCUCAAUUUUCAUGCAUUUCAGCUCAAGAAAUGUCAGCCUCCUCCAUCUGUGCCAUUGGCAGAAAUAGUAACUGAGGAUGAGGAAUUUGAAAUAGGAGAUUUUGUGAAGUACCAGUGCCACCCGGGGUACACAUUAUCAGGGACAGACACGCUGACCUGCAAGUUAAGUUCUCAGUUGCAGUUUGAAGGCUCUUUGCCAACAUGUGAAGCUCAAUGCCCAGCAAAUGAAGUCCGCACGGAAUCAUCUGGAGUCAUCCUCAGUCCAGGAUAUCCAGGCAACUAUUUUAACUCCCAGACUUGCUCUUGGAGUAUUAAAGUGGAAGCAAACUAUAACAUUACCAUCUUUGUGGAUACAUUUCAAAGUGAAAAGCAAUUUGAUGCAUUAGAAGUAUUUGAUGGUUCUUCAGGACAAAGUCCUCUGUUAGUAAUCUUAAGUGGGAACCACACUGAACAAUCAAAUUUCACAAGCAGGAGUAAUCAGUUGUAUCUCCGUUGGUCCACUGAUCAUGCAACCAGUAAAAAAGGUUUCAAGAUACGUUAUGCAGCUCCUUAUUGCAGUUUGACUCACACCUUGAAGAAUGGUGGUAUUGUAAAUCGGACUGCAGGAACAGUUGGAAGUAAAGUGCACUAUUUUUGCAAGCCUGGGUAUCGGAUGAUUGGCCACAACAAUGCAACUUGUAUACGCAAUCCAGUUGGCAUGUAUCAAUGGGAUUCCCUCACUCCACUCUGCCAGGCUGUGUCCUGUGGAAUUCCAGAAUCCCCAGGAAAUGGUUCAUUUACUGGUAAUGAGUUCACUUUGGAUAGUAAAUUGAUAUAUGAAUGUAAUGAGGGCUUUCAGCUUGAAUCUAGUCAACACGCAACAGCAGUAUGUCAAGAAGAUGGAUUUUGGAGUAACAAAGGGAAACCACCUACUUGUAAACCCAUUACUUGUCCUAGUAUCGAAGCUCAACUCUCAGAACAUGUCAUCUGGAGAUUGGUUUCGGGAUCUUUGAAUGAAUAUGGAGCUCAAGUAGUGCUGAGCUGCAGUCCUGGUUAUUACUUGGAUGGGAGGAGGCUCGUCCAGUGCCAAGCUAAUGGAACGUGGACCAUAGAAGAGAGGCCAAGUUGUAAUGUUAUUUCAUGUGGAAGUCUGUCUUUUCCUCCAAAUGGUAACAAGAUUGGAACAUUGACCGUUUAUGGAGCCACGGCCAUAUUUACAUGUAACACAGGUUAUACGCUUGUGGGUUCUCAUGUCAGAGAAUGCUUAGCAAAUGGACUCUGGAGUGGAACUGAGACACGAUGUCUGGCUGGCCAUUGCGGCUCUCCUGAUCCAAUUGUGAAUGGCCAUAUCAGUGGAGAUGGCUUCAGUUACAGAGACACGGUGGUUUAUCAAUGUAAUCCUGGUUUCCGACUUGUUGGAACUUCAGUUAGGAUAUGCUUGCAAGACCACAAGUGGUCUGGACAAACUCCAGUUUGUGUCCCCAUUACAUGUGGUCAUCCUGGAAACCCUGCCCAUGGAUUCACUAAUGGCAGUGAGUUCAACCUGAAUGAUGUCGUGAAUUUUACUUGCAACACUGGCUAUUUGCUGCAGGGUGCAUCUCGAGCCCAGUGUCGAAGCAACGGUCAAUGGAGUAGUUCUUUGCCUACUUGUCGAGUGGUGAACUGUUCUGAUCCAGGCUUUGUGGAAAAUGCUAUUCGUCAUGGGCAACAGAAUUUCCCUGAGAGUUUUGAAUAUGGAAUCAGUGUCAUGUAUCAUUGCAAGAAAGGAUUUUACUUGUUGGGAUCAUCUGCCUUAACCUGCAUGUCAAAUGGCUUAUGGGAUCGUUCUUUACCCAAGUGUUUGGCUAUAUCAUGUGGUCAUCCUGGUGUACCUGCAAAUGCUAUUCUUACUGGAGAACUGUUUACAUAUGGAUCCAUAGUUUACUACUCAUGCAAAGGAAGCCGAAAUCUUAUAGGCAAUAAUUCUAGAGUUUGCCAAGAAGAUAGUCACUGGAGUGGAACACUACCCCACUGUUCAGGAAUUAAUCCUGGAUUUUGUGGUGAUCCAGGGACCCCAGCACAUGGGUCUAGGCUUGGGGAUGAAUUUAAGACCAAAAGUCUUCUCCGUUUUUCCUGUGAAAUGGGUUACCAGUUAAGGGGAUCUCCUGAGCGAACAUGCUUGCUUAAUGGAUCAUGGUCAGGCCUGCAACCUGUGUGUGAAGCUGUGUCCUGUGGCAAUCCUGGCACGCCCACCAAUGGCAUGAUCCUCAGUAGUGAUGGGAUACUCUUCUCCAGCUCAGUCAUCUAUGCUUGUUGGGAAGGGUAUAAGACAUCAGGGCUGAUGACUCGGCACUGCACAGCCAAUGGGACCUGGACUGGAACAGCCCCUGAUUGCACAAUUAUAAGUUGUGGUGAUCCAGGUACAUUGGCAAAUGGGAUUCAGUUUGGGACUGAUUUCACCUUCAAUAAGACUGUUAGUUAUCAGUGUAAUCCUGGCUACCUUAUGGAACCUGUUACUUCAUCCACAAUUCGUUGUACUAAAGAUAGUACAUGGAAUCAGAGUAAACCCAUCUGCAAAGCUGUGAUGUGCAGUCAGCCACCUCAAGUGCAGCAUGGAAAAGUGGAGGGGACAGAUUUCCACUGGGGCUCCAGUAUAAGUUACAGUUGUGUGGAUGGCUACCAGCUCUCUCUCUCAGCCAUUCUCUCCUGUGAAGGUCGUGGGGUGUGGAAAGGAGAGAUUCCUCAGUGUCUGCCUGUAUUCUGUGGAGAUCCUGGCACUCCUGCAGAGGGAAGGCUUAUUGGGAAAACUUUCACCUAUAAAUCUGAAGUCUUCUUCCAGUGUAAAUCUCCAUUUAUACUGGUGGGAUCCUCCAAAAGAAUCUGCCAAGCUGAUGGCACAUGGAGUGGCAUACAGCCCACCUGUAUAGAUCCUGCUCAUAAUGCCUGCCCAGAUCCUGGUACCCCACACUUUGGAAUACAGAAUAGCUCUAGAGGAUAUGAGGUUGGAAGCACAGUAUUUUUCAGGUGCAGAAAAGGUUACCAUAUUCAAGGUUCAACAACUAGAACUUGCCUUGCAAAUUUAACAUGGAGUGGAAUACAGACCGAAUGUAUACCUCAUGCUUGCAGACAGCCAGAAACCCCAGCCCAUGCGGAUGUGAGAGCAAUAGAUCUUCCUACUUUUGGUUACACCUUAGUGUACACUUGUCAUCCAGGAUUUUUCCUUGCGGGUGGAUCUGAACACAGGACGUGCAAAGCAGAUAUGAAAUGGACAGGGAAAUCACCUGUUUGUAAAAGUAAAGGAGUGAGAGAAGUUAAUGAAACAGUUACUAAAACUCCAGUUCCUUCAGAUGUAUUUUUCAUCAAUUCCGUGUGGAAGGGAUAUUAUGAAUAUUUAGGGAAAAGGCAACCUGCAACUUUAACUGUUGACUGGUUCAAUGCAACAAGUAGUAAAGUGAAUGCGACCUUCAUUGAAGGCUCUCAGGUGGAGCUGAAGUUGACAGGUGUUUACAAGAAAGAGGAAGCCCAUUUACUCUUGAAAGCUUUUCAAAUUAAAGUUCCAGUAGAUAUUUUUGUUAACAAGUUUGAAAAUGACAAUUGGGGACUAGAUGGUUAUGUAUCAUCAGGACUUGAGAGAGGAGGAUUUACUUUUCAGGGUGAUAUACAUGGAAAAGACUUUGGAAAAUUCAAACUAGAAAGACAAGAUCCCAUAAACUCUGAUCAUGAUUCUUCAAAUCCUUACCUUGGCACUAGCAGCGGUUCUGUCGCAGCAGCCAUUCUGGUUCCAUUUUUUGCUCUAAUUUUAUCAGGGUUUGCAUUUUACCUCUACAAACACAGAACAAGACCAAAAGUUCAGUACAAUGGCUAUGCUGGACAUGAAAACAGUAAUGGACAAGCUUCAUUUGAAAACCCCAUGUAUGAUACAAACUUAAAACCCACAGAAGCAAAGGCUGUGAGGUUUGACACAACUCUGAACACAGUUUGUACAGUGGUAUAG